UAUUAAAGCUCGAGUGUAACGGUGAUUUGGUUAGUGUAAUGCUUUUCUCGUCUUUUACCCACAAGUACCUUGUUUUUCGUGUUAAAUUUACCUGUAAUUGUGAUUGAAAUCAUGGAGCAGAUCCGAGCUGUGGUGCAGUUCAAUGACAAUAAGACCGCCGGAAAUCCAGGGCAACGCGACGGAGCAGUCUUCACUGGAGCUUGUGCAUCGGGAAGGGGACAAGAGCCGCCGGCUCAGGGCUUCCAAUAUGGCGGCCAGGUGAGCAUUCUGGACGAGCACAGCCUGCGACUGCUUUACUGCCAAAACAGCUCCAAGCCGCACUUGAUCAUGUCCCAAAAGUUCCACUUUGAUGUGCUGAGCACAAGGGAAAGUGGCCAAGAGAUUCCCAUCCUUCUAAACCAUCUCUUUGGGAAGCGGCGAGAUGGUUUCCUCAUCCAUCUGAGGGUGAGGCGCGAGUGCCACCUGAUGUUCCUCCUGGACACCCUGGUGAUCCAGGUGAGAUCGAUUCUGCAAAGCGAGGGUCUCCACCUGUAUCAGGGCGCAUUGAGGUUCAGGAAACUGCUGGAGGACGACGAGGGAAACAGCUUGCAAGUGGAGCGCGCCUUCGACGACCUCCAUGGCCUGAUGUUGUGGUUCCUAAAUCAGUACAGGAUGCGGGCUCAGCUCAGCACAGGACCCGGUCACGAAGCCCUGGAGGUGGAGUACAUGGUGUCCUCGGAGCAGAGGCGAACCCGGUUCCGAGUGCGGCUGUCCAUCCUUUUGGUGGCUAUGGAGGAGCUCAGUGUGGACUCCCUGCGAGGGCUACAUGGCUACUUUCAUGAUGAGAAAGUUGAACCCGCUGUCCCUUCAACCGAACUCAUAGACUUUAUGAAGCAUGUGACCAAAAGGAGUCGCGGCCAAUCCUUGUACAUGCCUGUAAUGUUCCACGUCGUGGCUACCAAUUCCCAGGUGGAUGCCCAGAAUGCCCAGCUCCUCAGCCUGGCUCAUCUGGUCAGUCGGCAGAAUGGCAUCCAAUCGGGUUCUCAGUCAUCCCCCUGCUCCUUUGCCCACUUGAAUCACUUGGAGACCCAGCAGCAGGAGAUCCAAGAUCGCUUUAGACUGGUCCAUGCCAGUCUGAUGCAGUACAUUCAAAAGGCGGAGCAACUGAAAUGCUAUCGGCAACGAUUCGAUGACCAAUUGGCCCAGUACGAGGAACUACUCAAACAGACAGCCAAUACAGAAUUUGGCCAUUUUCUGCAGGCCUCUCAUGCGAAUCUGCAUCAUAUAAAUAACUUGGUGGAAAGGAAUAACUAGGGAAGGUUUUACUUCUU